AUGACCCCUUCUUCUGCUGCUGGUUCAUCCACAGCAGGCGAGGGCCUGGCGUUUGUGGUGACGUCUGCUGCACCGCAGGGGGCUGCUGCAGCGGGGGUGGGGCUGGGAGGGGUGAGGAAGCGGAGUGUGGCGGUGGAGUUUGACUCGGUGCUGAGUGUGAAGCACAGCGACCCCAACGACAACCACGUGGGCGUCAAUGUGGGCGGCUCACCUGUGUCCCUCGCCUCUGCCACGGCCCCUCUCAUCCUCAACGACGCCCACACCAAGCACGCCUGGAUCCACUACGACCCCACCAGCGGCGGCACCCUCCGAGUCUUCCUCUCAGCCUCCAGGCAGCAGCCGUCCAAGGCUGUGCUGACGGCGAGAGUGUCUCUCUGCAGCGCGCUCAAGCCCACCGUUGGGGAUUCUUCCUUCCUCUUCGGCUUUUUGGCAGCCUCUGCAAACAACACUCAGGGACACGACAUACUGUCGUGGACGAUUGUCACUGGUAAAUUCGGGCAGGUGGCAUCAAAGGAAGAGGUCACAGCCAGCAGCGAGAUUGUGCUCUCUUCGUUCCACUAUGCCAGCCUAGCCUUCCUUCCCGAUGCGGAUGGGCUGCCUUCGUGGAACCUCCCUUCCUUUGUCUCGUGGAUGCGGGAUGAGUCAACGUGGCCCGUCAAGAACCAGCAUGGAUGCGCCGACUCCUCAGCAUACGCGGUGGUGGCGGCGGUGGAGGCAGCCUACAGCAUCGCAAGCAACUCGUAUAAUCCCCCCCGGCUGUCGGUGGACCAGCUUCGGCUGGCCCUGUCGUCCAACUGCGACGACAUGCCUCCGCGCGAUGUGCUGGCCUUCCUGGUGGCUGCCACGCGCAAGGGAGGGGGGCUCGUGGAUGACGCAGCAGCAGCAGCCGCCGCCAGUCCACACAGCAUGGCCUCCGCCGGCCGGCGGGAGAGACUGGCUGCGAAGGUUAAGUACUACGGAAUUCAGGGUUUUGAGGAGACCUCGUUUGGAGGCUGGCUAGGCCUUCUGUUGGCAGUGCAGCGGCAGCCAGUGGUUGUGCGAAUUGAGGCGUCUGCUCCCUCAUUCCUUGAUUACGAUGGGACACUGAAGUACUCUGAUGCCAGUUGCUUCCAAAAUGGAGUGAACCACGCGGUUCUGGUGGUGGGAUAUGCUGUGAGGCAGGACCUGUCUAGCCCUUUCAGCCUGCCUGCGCCACUCUGGAUGAUCCGCAACUCAUGGGGCAGCGAGUGGGGGGCUGCAGGGCACAUGUACAUGGACAUGCAGAGCGGGCCGGGUGUUUGUGGCAUCAACACACUGCCAGGCAUCUUCCCCAUCCUCCGAUCUACUGCUGACCCAUGUGGCAGCAAGUCAGUGAUGCUGGCGGGCUCACCGGGAGUGGCAGGGAGCAACGCGUUCAACCCAUGUGGGCAGUUCAAGUGCUCCAAAGCCGGAACAUCCAACCGCUGUGCCUGUGCUGCUCCCCACUUCGUCCAGGCCUCCCACCCCGACGGCUCCAACACCUGCGCCUAUGUGGACGCCUGUGGGCUGGCAGGCAGCAACCCGUGUGUGGUGGGCACGUGUGUGAACGAUGGCAAGGGCAGCUACUCCUGUGUGUGUCCCCCGGAGUUCGUUCAAAGCACCACAGCCAAGGGAACAUUCUCCUGUGCUCCAGGUGACAACAAGGGCAGCUACACGGUGCGUGGCAGUAACGUGUGGUGCUCUCACUUGAUGGCCAUGCUCGAACUCACCGUGGCCGAUAUCAAGCAGCAGAACAAGAAGCUCUCCUGCUCCAAGCCCAUCCCAGUGGGGAUCAAGGUGCCCAUCCCACCUCAACUUGCUUCCAGCUGCUCGCUCACCUACACCACCCACCUUGGCGACAGCUGUGCAUCGAUUGCUGUGCUGUUUGGUUUGAGCGAGGGGUGCCCCGUGGAGGGCGAGGCAUGCGAGGAGGCGUUGGUGGCGCUCAACCCGGGGAUGGACUGCACAAAACUCACGGGCAGGCAGGCUGUGUGUGUGGAGCGGGAGGAGAGCAAGGCGGGGAUGGUGGCAGUGUGUGACCAGCUGUAUGAAAUGGGGGGAGGUGAUGGCUGCGAUGCUGCGAGAAAAGCAGUGAAUCCGCCUUUGAGCCCUCUAGAGUUUUAUCGCCUCAACCCAGGAAUCAACUGCAACAACCGCCUGCCGACUGCCACGUUUGAGGGCUUCUCACAGCGCAAGGUGUGCAUUCACAGCAGCACCAGGUUCAGAAUUGGCACAUGCCCAGGGGGCACCUACAACAUUUCAGCUGGAGACACCUGUGACAAGAUUGAUGUGCUGGGAUUUGCUAGCAUCAAGGGCUGCUACAGGAAGAUGAAUGGAUUCGAGUGCUUGGAGAAGACACCUGCUGGGACAAUUGUCUGCACUCCCAACGCUUCUAGUGCCAAAGUGGGGAUAUGUUCAGCUGGGGUAUAG